AUGUCGCCAACGAUUUCGGCGUCCGAGGCUAUGUGGACCGCCCUUGGAAACAAGCCUGACGAUGGGCAUGGGGAGCGACGGUGGGAUGAUCAGACGAGGGAACAGCGCGACCUGUACACGCAAUUCGUGAUCAGCUUUGCCCUCGGCCUGGGGGCUUUUAUGACCUUCUGUAUCUUACGACCAAAAUGGACAGAGCUCUACGCCGCGCGAAGACGACAGCGGAAUGCUGCGUCGCGGCUCCCAGAACUACCGAACAGCCUUUUCGGAUGGAUACCGGUGCUACAUCGGAUCACAGAUGAGGAGGUCCUUCAUUCAGCUGGCUUAGAUGCCUACGUCUUCCUUUCCUUCUUCAAAUUUGCAAUUCGAUUCCUUCUUUCCGUCUUCAUCUUUGCUGUCGCCAUCAUUCUCCCGGUGCACUAUAAAUAUACCGGGAAAUAUGGAGUGCCCGGAUGGGACAAUGACGGCCCGUCCGACGACAACUCGACGACUGGAAUAGGGGAGCUUUUGAAGGAUAAAGAGAAACAGAAGAACGACAUGACAUAUCUGUGGAUCUACGUGAUCUUCACCUACGUCUUCAGCGGGUUGGCUGUGUACCUCUUACUCCAGGAAACAAACAAAAUCAUCCGGACCCGACAAUCCUACCUAGGCAACCAGACCAGCACCACAGAUCGCACGAUUCGUCUUUCUGGUAUUCCACGGGACAUGGCUUCUGAAGACAGCGUCAAGGGAUUUGUGGAAGGGCUGAAGGUGGGCAAAGUGGAGACAGUCACCCUGUGUCGCAAGUGGCGUGAGCUGGACCAUCUCAUAGACGAGAGGAUGAAAAUUGUUCGGGGACUCGAACGAGCUUGGACAAAGCAUAUCGGUUACAGGCGACCGCGACACGAUGGGAGUACUUUGCCCCUCACGCGCCAGCCACCAUACGCUACGCGCUCGGGUUUGCCGUUGGAGGAAGACAACGAAGAAUCCCGUUUGCUCCCUGAGAGCGAGCGUGAACAUGUAAUGACGUAUGACAACGAACGCCCCAAAGUCCGUGUCGGAUAUGGUCCCUUGAAAUUGCGAUUCCGCUCCAUCGAUGCCAUUGACUAUUAUGAGGAAAAGCUACGGGAGAUCGACGAACAGAUCCGGAUUGCCCGAGAGAAGGAAUACUCCACCACCGAGAUUGCCUUCGUGACUAUGGAAUCUAUCGCAGCAUCUCAGAUGCUUGUACAGGCAAUCCUUGAUCCUCACCCGAUGCAGAUGUUUGCUCGGCUUGCGCCGGCACCAGCGGAUGUCAUCUGGAAGAACACCUACCUCUCACGCACUCGCCGCAUGGCCCAGUCAUGGUCCAUCACACUUCUCAUUGGGUUUCUGACUGUCUUCUGGUCGGUUCUUUUGCUUCCUAUUGCAACUCUGCUUGAAUUGGAAACUCUCCAUAAGAUUUUCCCGCAGCUUGCAGAAUUCCUGGCGAUACAUCCCCUCUUGAAGUCCCUAGUCCAAACCGGACUACCCACUCUAGCGUUUUCGCUGUUGACAGUGGCUGUUCCGUAUCUCUAUGAAUGGCUUUCGAACAACCAAGGAAUGAUGUCGCGAGGAGACGUGGAACUUUCCGUCAUCUCGAAGAAUUUCUUCUUCUCGUUCUUCAACAUGUUCCUCCUCUUUACAGUGUUCGGUACAGCAAGUGGAUUUUACGGUUUCUGGGAAAACCUGCGUGAUGCUUUCAAGGACACCACGACCAUUGCGCUUGCGCUCGCCAAUUCGCUCGAAGGACUUGCGCCGUUCUACAUCAACCUUUUAAUCCUUCAAGGAUUGGGCCUUUUCCCCUUCCGUCUCCUGGAAUUUGGCAGUGUUGCUCUGUAUCCCUGGCAUUUCCUUCGAGCCCGUACUCCUCGUGAAUUUGCUGAGCUGUCGGCGCCUCCCAAGUUCAGCUACGGAUUCUCCAUUCCCCAGACCAUAUUGGUUCUGAUCAUCUGUGUUGUUUACAGCGUGUUCCCGAGCUCAUGGCUGAUCUGCCUAUUUGGCCUGGUAUAUUUCUCGGUCGGACAAUUCAUCUACAAGUAUCAGCUUCUGUACGCCAUGGAUCACCAGCAACACUCUACUGGCCGUGCCUGGCCAAUGAUUUGCAACCGAGUCUUUGUUGGGCUGGUUGUCUACCAGCUUGCCACGAUCGGUGUGCUCGCAUUGCGCAAAGAGAUCACUCGUCCUUUGCUUCUCGUUCCGCUUUUGGGCUUUACCGUCUGGUUCAGCUAUUGGUUUGCGCGAACCUAUGAGCCCCUGAUGAAGUUCAUUGCCUUGAAGAGUAUCGAUCGCGAUCUCCCGGGUGGCGGAGAUGUCUCACCUUCGCCAUCCUCAACAUUUUCCCCGCCUUCGGGCUUGGAUCGUGAUGCACUCCCGGUUCGCAUUGGCGGCCACGAACUCGAACUGCGACUGAAGAAGUACGUGAAUCCGAGUCUGAUCGUGCCACUCCAUGGCGCCUGGCUGCCCAGCCGUACCCCUGCCCAGGGAAAUGGUGCCUCUCUGUUUGAGUCUCAUCAGACCCCGAACGAUAUCAGCGCAUGA